AUGGAAUCAACUAAAAAUAAAACCACAACAACGGAAUCAUGGCACAGAGACGGGUGGCGAGCAGAAAUCGAUGCCGUCAGCUUUAUGCGAGCCAUCCGCGAAAAGAAAAUCAUCAUCCGACGCAACAAAUGGCGACCAGACCACGGCUUAAAUUUCGAGAAUCACAAGAUUACUGGCUACAUAGGAUCUGGAGGAUUUGGGUCUGUAAGCGAGGUCAUCAAUACGGCCACGAACCAACGUUUUGCCCUGAAACUCCAAUACAAUCUCCAGAAGUACGAUCCCAGCAAAAUAUAUCCGCAAGGAGCUCGUUCGCCCCCUCUCACACCCACCAGCGAAGCCACCAAAAGCUCCUCGCUAUCCGUCGAGCAACGCAGUCUUCGAGCCAAGAGAAAUCAGGAAACGAGGGUUUAUCUCCGACAUAUUAGGACGGGGCAUCCGCACAUCUGUAAUCUCGAAGCUUUUGUUCAAUACACACCUGUUCAUGAUGAUGAGGAACGGCCUGCGCUGGGACUUUACUUUGAAUAUUGCGACGUGGGUAGCAUGGAUAACCUGACGGGCGAAUUUAUGUCUCACAAGAGUAAGCCGCCCGAGCUAUUCAUCUGGCAAUGCUUUUAUGAGCUGAGUAGCGGAUUGGCGUUUCUGCAUAACGAACAUCCGGAUUACAAUACCCGUUCUGAGCAUAAAGGACGCGUUGUUAUUUUCCAAGAUGAUAUGCACGAGGGAAAUGUAUUUUUGCAAUGGGGACCCGAUAGAGAGGGCGGAUAUCCUCACAUUAAGAUUGGAGACUUUGGAGUCUCGUCUGUGGAGCCGCGAGGGGGUUUCGCCUCUGAUCCUGGAUACGUAGAGCCCGAAACUCGGAAAGGCAAAAAAUUGGUGCCCGUGGUUACUAGAUUGAAGAAGGAGGUAUACAACAUGGCAGUUGUGAUAUAUGAAUUGGCUCAUAUCGGCAAGGCGGUCGACGACUUCGACGACUUCGACUUAGAGGAGAAACGCGAAAAAUAUAAGAAAUUAGAACCGAUUGAUAGUUAUUUGAGUGAAACUCUGGACCGAUUGAUAAGAGGAACGAUGACGCCUGAAAUUGAAGAUAGGCCUUUCUCUGGAGAAUUGUAUUUACUCACCAAGAGUGCCUUCGAGGAAAGGGUGGGCAUAAUGUACAGACAAUUACCCGAUUGGGUAGGAGCAAAGACGGUAACGCAUCCGUUUGAUGAAAAAAGAAUGAAGGAAUUGGAUGAAGGAGCGCUCGAAACCGAACUGCUGGCUUCUAAACGCUGGGGGAUUAUCAAUGCGAGAGCUACCCAACUUAUUAAUGAUUAUCUUGAGGAUCUUGGAAAUGAUGAUGAUGAUGAUGAUGAGAAUAAUGACGAGAUAUACGAGGAGAUGCACAGAGAGUUCGUCGAGCAAGCAACACGAGAAUUUGAAGAGAAGGCAAGAAGAAUAAUAAAAAUGAGAGAUGAAGGGGCAUCAUAA